AUGCCUGCAAUCAUCGAAACUCCUCAAUGGAGUGCCCCUGCCGAUCAUCAGUCAAGGAAUGUCGUCGUGCUCGGUGGUGGAUGUGAUGAUGCUCUGCAAUACAUCAAGGAGAACGUAACCGCCUUUGCGACCAGAGUCACCACCGGCAGAUCCCCCGGCACCGCUUCCGCAACACUUAAUCUAGAGGCAGCCGUCCAAGAUGCGUGGAUUGUCAUCGAAUGCGUGCCCGAAGUCCUCGACCUCAAGAUCAAUGUCUUUGCCGAGCUCGAGAAUCUGGCACCCCAAGACUGCAUCCUAGCCUCCAACUCCUCGUCCUACAAGUCUAGUGCCAUGCUCGCCAAAAUCGAGAAGCAAAGCACCAAAACAAGGAUUUGCAAUAUGCACUACAUGAUGCCUCCUACAAAUCUUGUUGUCGAGAUCAUGACCGAUGGAUUAACAUACCCAGAUUUGAUGCAGUGGCUGGCAGAGAGGACAAAGGAAGCAGGACUUAGCCCCUACGUCGCCGUCAAGGAAUCUACGGGCUUCAUCUUUAACCGUAUAUGGGCUGCCAUCAAACGCGAGUGUUUGAUGGUCAUGGCUGAGGGUGUUUCGACCCCUGAACAGAUCGACAAGGCAUGGAUAGAGAUGCUAGGCGGCAAGUUUGGCCCUUGCAAAUCUAUGGAUAGUGUUGGACUUGACACGGUGGCUCUGAUCGAAAAACAUUAUAUCGAAGAGCGAGGUCUGGACUCAGCAUUGACUGUCGACUUUCUGCAAAAGAACUAUCUUGACCACGGAAAACUCGGUCUCAAAAGCGACAAGGGAGGUCUCUACGCCCCGAAACCAUCUACGCCACAGUCUGCUCCAGCUACUUCUCCACCACAAAAGAAGUUGAUCGUCCUCGACACAGGGCUAGGGCAACCCCUGACCAAUAAAACACCAGCACAAAUUCUCUCUUCCGGACGUUUGUUGGAAGUGUCACCGGAUGGCAAGACCCAACGUGUCCUCAGCGAGGGGCUCAACAUGCCAGACGGUGUCGAGGAGCAUGACGGCAAACUCUACUACACAAAUAUGGGUAUGCCCAGUCUAAACGAUGGCAGUGUAUGCUGCGUCAACCUCGAUGGCACUGGCACCACAACAAUCAUCCCUCCCGGCAAAAUCUACACCCCAAAGCAACUCUCCAUCGACCAUGCCGCAAAGAAACUCUACAUCGCCGAUCGCGAGGGCUGCAGCAUCUGGCGCAGUAACAUCGAUGGCACCAACCUAGAACUCCUCAUCGACAACGCAAACAGAGCAUCCCACAAGCACGAUGCCCCUCCUGGCGACAUUAUGGACCAAUGCAUCGGCAUCACCAUCGCACCUUCCCUAAACAAAUUCUUCUGGACGCAAAAAGGUCCUGCGAAGGGCAACCGCGGUCGCAUCUUCAGUGCCCCUAUCGAAAUUCCUGAAAACACUGCUGCAUUCACCCGCACCGACAUCUCUGUUCUCGCUCAAACCCUCCCUGAACCCAUCGAUCUUCAAUACGUCGCAGAAGCAAACACGCUCUACUGGACAGAUAGAGGUGAAGUUCCCUUCGGAAACUGCCUCUAUAAAGCCGCCUUGACGAACGAAGGAACUUUGGCCGAAAAGCCUCAGAUCCUCGCUCAGAACUUCAAUGAGGCGAUCGGGGUCAAGGUCGAUGUGGGGUCUGGCUGCAUCUAUGUUUCGGAUCUGGGAGGUGCAGUGUGGAUGGUUCAGGGUGAUGGAAGUGGGAAGAAGGAGAGGAUUUUAGAUGAGCAGACGUCGUGUUUUACCGGUUUGACGCUUGUUUAG